CAUUACGCCGAAUUAUUGCCGAAAAUCAAAAAUUACGAUGAUCUCACUAGAAUUUCGUUUACCAUUUAUUCGUACACUUCUUUAAUGUAAACGUUAAUCGUACCUAUGACAUCUUCCAGCAAUGCAACAAUCACCGUUUGAAAAUAUUUUUAAUAUUAUCGGAGGUUUAUCAGAAGGCAAUGAAAAGCCCAUGAAACAUGGGUUUUAUAAUGCCUUCGCCCUUUUUAUUCUCGCGAUUUGUUGUGCGGCAUUCUACGUGCUAUUUUUAAUCCUAGAACCUUUUUUCAAACCAUUGUUUUGGGCACUACUUGUUGGUUCACUACUUCACCCUUUCAAGUACAAACUGUCCAAGAAAAUCAAGUCAUGGUUUGAGGAUCUGAAGAAAUCGAAUUCGUCUGUGAUAUUUGGGUUGAUGAUAAUCCCAGUGAAUGUCGUGAAUCAUGCCUCUGACACUGUUGGACAACAAUUCAAGGAACAUUAUAAGACUGUUAUAGGGUUGCUAUCCGCAAUAUUUAUUUUACCAUGGAUCUACAAUGCAAUACCACGGAGCUUUGCCUGCAUUUUCUGGCAGUUUGUCAGUUUCAUCAGCAUUACCACAACACUUCUUAUCAAGCUAUGCAGCUCUUAUAUAACACUCACAUUUGCUCUUGCAUACAUAAUAAGUGUUUAUUUUCUAUGGAGUCCUUCAAGAGCUGGUAUAUUCCGUACAACAUCUCAUGUACUUUGGCUGGUUUUAGCAAGUUUCUUAGCCAGUCUAGCAGGAUCGUUUAAAGUGUACAUGUUUAUAUUACUGCAAGCUAUAUGUAUAACAAGUUUUGUUCUGGAAAUACUUCAUGUUCACAAACAGCUGCUAUUGAGAGAUCCAGAAGCUUCAAUCAUCACUGCUCUUCAUGCUGUUAUAACCAAUCGUCACUUGGAAAGUGCUGCACUAGAAAAAAUUGAUGAAAAACCUGAGGAGGCAGUACAAGAAAAUGUCAGUGAGAAAGCAUCAACUCCGGAAGUUGAAUCCCCCAUGACCCCUGAGCAAAUUACAAAAAGGGGAAGCUGGACAGAAAAUGAACCCAUUCAGAAUUCACCAAGACAAGCCAAAAUGUUGUUUAAAACAAGAACAUUAUCAGCUUUACCAUUACCAAGUCCGAAAACUAAAAUGCCUUUUGAAAAUCGCCUUUUAGCUUCCUUUAAGCAAAGGUCUUUAGAUGAAAAUUAUAUCAGAAACAAUUUCAAUGGUGAUGAAACAGCCCUUUACUUCAAACUCCUAUUUUUUGGAUGCUUUUGUAUGUUAAUAUGGAAAUACAUUUGGCUACUACCUGUGAUGUUGUUCUUUUUGGCAAUUCACAUCAUUAAAAUAUUGCUGAAUUUCUUUGGAGUAUGGUUGUUCUUUGAAAACCAGUACAACAAUUUGAUGGCCAAGAUUGGCGGUUGGUGGAAUGAUAGGAAAUCAGCAUUAAUACCUGCAGAAAUCCACGGUAUUCGCAAGAUCCUUACGAUUUGUAACCGCAGCGUGAUAGAUGUGGCAUAUGAAUCAAUUGAUACAGUGUCUACGUGCAUUGUUAUCGUUGGUUUGAUAUUUUUCGUAGCUGUUACUACUAUUUUUAUAUGUAUUCAAAUAUACUCCGAAGCUAUAGUAGUAGUACAGCUUAGUGGUAGUCUUCUUAACAGUACAUUCGUGCAGAACAGUGAACUUCACGCUUAUUUGCCAGAAGGAUGGGAAGAAAAGUUAGACUCACUUAUUGACAAUGCAUACACAUAUGGAAGAGAAGGGAUUUCUACUGGGAUAAUGAGAUACGUUAAGAGCAUCCUCAAGGAAGGUGAUCCAGAGAAGAUAGCGCGCGUUGAACAGCAGGUUCUAGAGCUAUGGGAUCGCGUGUAUCAAAGCUGGGUCUCAGGAACCUUUGCAGCUCAACUGGGCCCUCAAGUUGACGGCUCAGCGGUUCAAGACUCUUGGGAUAACUUAGUGAACGAUGUGUCUUCUUCUUCUGGUAUGUUCGACUAUAGUGGCGUAGUCGAAUGGUUGCAAGCCAAUGUUGGGACACUCAGUGCGAUUGCCACGGGUGUAUGGGCGCCUUUGGCCAGCAACGUGUCACUGUUGGCUGGUUCCUUGGGCGCUUUCACAUCGCUCUUGCUGUGCGGGGGCGGUGCUAUCAUAAAUAUGUUCAUUAAUUUGGUGGUUUUCUUCACAACGCUGUUCUAUUUGCUGGCUUCAAGCAACGCCCUUUACAAGCCAGUGGAAGUUAUUACACGCGUCCAGCCGAAUUUUGGCCCGAAGCUUGGCAUCGCAUUAUCUGUCGCUAUAAAUCAGGUGUUCAGAGCGUCUUUUAAGAUGGCGCUAUUUUACGGGCUGUGGACGUGGCUAGUUCACAAUUUAUUUGGCGCCAAAGUUGUUUAUUUACCUUCAGUAUUAGCAGCCGUGUUAGGUGCGGCGCCGUUUCUAGGGCCGUACUUAGCCGGUAUCCCGGCAGCACUAGAUGUCUGGCUGCAAGGUAGACCGAUGGCAGCCUGCCUGUUGCCGAUUGCUCAAGCAGCUCCCAUCGCCUUCCUGGAUGCAGCAGUUUACGCAGAGAUUAAAGAUGGUGGUCACCCAUAUGUAACAGGCCUAGCCAUUGCUGGGGGAAUCUUCUAUUUGGGCCCUGAAGGUGCUAUCUUAGGACCCUUGCUUCUAUGUUGCUUGAUGGUGGUACUCAAUUUGUCCUCUUCUUUCCUCCGAGAUACGCCGUCAGAAGAGCGAGCCGCUUUACAUUCACGCGUCAGGUCGUUAUUGGAAUGUUUUUAAAGUGAGGUGUGUAUUGUUUAUAAUAUUAUGUGUCUGUGGAGUUUAUGCACGUUUUAUUCAGUUCAACGAAUAUCACAUUUUGUCAAAGGCACUUUAUCAUACGAUCUUUAUGAACCAUAUUCAAACAUUACAUUGCUAAAUAAACUUCUGUCAAUAAUAUGUACUAGAUUAUUGAUGGAAGCUAAUACACGUAUAUUUGUUUCUUUUUGUUUUAAUAUUAAGACCCCGGCACACUCAUAAAAUUCCACCGAUGCGAUUAGCGAUGCUACAUCACGCGACAGUCAAUUCCAUACGUAUUUCUUUUUUCAUGUAUAUGAUGUGGUACACAGCUUAACCAGAAUAUCAGAAACUAUUUGUGCGAUGAUUGCGACUUCACAAAAAAACACGUAAACUUCAAUAAUUUAUUUAAGAGCUUUAAAAAUAGGACGUUAUUGAUGUAGAAAUGCAUGUGCUAAAGAACAGAGUAAAGUGUUAGUAUAACACUAACUGUAGUGAUUAUUUUCACUUCUUAUACUGCUAGAGCCUAAAAGCGUGGCAGAACGACGGCAUAGUUAUGCAGUGUUUUUUCAUUUGAAAUAUGCUGGUGCAGUUGAUACGUGACAAAAGACUGUACUCAUAUUACGACGUUAUGUUACGUUUGUAAUAUGCUCUUAAAGCUUAAAUAAGUGAGCAAGAAAUGUGAUGAAAAAAAAUAUAUAUAAAUUAUUAAAGAAGAUAGUUCUAUUAACAUUUUGCAUCAAAAAUUCACAUUCUUAGGCAGUUUAGGUCUUCCGAACCAGGCCAGAUUAAUAAAAGAUACAUUUAUUUACAUUAUCACUGUUUCAUUUCCUUCCAAUCAAAGCGAAAAGCAUAAUAUAAUACUCUGACAUAAAACUCAUUUCGUCGUCUACUUAAACAUCUACCUGCGCCUCGAAAAGCCCGUAUGAACUGGUUUUCUAAUUUUUUGGAAAAAGUUGCAUGUUUUUUGCAUUUUGCUAUUUUAUAUGUAUAUUAACAGCAUGUGAAUUGUUAUUUGUGAAUGUCUCAGCAUGCAAUCUAUUUUCAAUAUUUUCAGCAUGUAUCAACAAUUCUAACAGAUAAUUAAUUAAUUAUUUAUUUAUUACACAAAAAUAUAUGGAUAUUUCUUUACAGGCUCGGUGCUUAUCUGUGAACAUGCAUGGACUAACAUUGUAACACGUGGAGAGGAAAUCUCAGUAGGGUUUAACCCGUAAGGCUACAAUGAAACUGGCGUUGAUAAUUAAAAAUGUUUGUCAGGUUAGCUUUAACAUUUCUUUUCUACUAAUGAGAGCUACAAGCAACGCAUGGUUUCAGUACAAAGAAUAAUGAUUUUAAUUCUUUAACUUAUAUGAAUUCAGAUUGUAAAUCCGACCGGGCUUAGCUCGAAAGUUACGUCAAACGUUAAUGUGGAUUUACGUUGCACUAUGCACAGGUAUUGUCUAUAGGAUGGUUCUGUAAAAGUAUCCUCAUUUCGGUCCCUCGGAAUUUUAGUGACCAACAUCUUACUUACCUUACGUAGGAAUGGAAUAUCUCGUGAAUUCUCGUAUGUAAUUAUUAUAAUUGUUUUUUAAACGUUAUUUAAAUUUACUUAUUUAUUUUAUUGAAUACAUGUACACUCCCAAACGAUGAGGAAAUAUAAUGUUAUUGCGCUGCAUGAAUGCUGAGAAAUAUAACGUAGAAGCGAUGGUAUGACAUAAAAAAUGGGAUUGUUACUUUACGAAAUUCCAUGCUAAAUUUGCUGUAACCAUAUUUAAAAAAAAAAUCCGUGCACUUAAGUUGGUCUAUAUCAAAUAUUGUCUCUUUUCGUUGGCCUUUGUUUAGGUAAUAAUUAAUACAUUUUCUCGACUUGAAGUCGUAAUAAUCUAUGUAGUGGAGUUAUUGCGAUGGUAAUGAGGUGGUUUUAUGAGAAUGAAACGUAACAACAAGUGAUAGUUUAUAUAGGACGAUUAAAUUUCAUAUUUUUGACAAAAUAAUUUAAGCAUUGUUCGAUAUCUUUAGUAACAUUGUGAAUUUUAAGUUGUUAUUAAAUAUUACAAGUGUCAGUGUAGUACAUUUUUAGUAUAACGAAUUUCUUGAUUGACUGACUCAGUAACAUUUGUAAAUAUAUUGACAGUUAUACAGUUUUCAAACAUUACAACUGAUCGAUGGAACCGACCCUGUGCGUUUAGAUGCACUAUCUAAAGAUAGGAAGAUUUGAUUAUAUCAAUUCAUCAUCAGUUUCAAUUAUUAAGAACCAAUUAUUAAGAAUCAAUUAUUUAAUAUCU